CAAUCACAUUCAACAAAAAUGUCAAUGAAAUCAUUCUUCAGUCCUUCAAGAGUCUACGCAGUCAUUGGAGCUACUCCAAAUGAACAAAAAUUUGGGUUUAAAGUGUUUAAUUGGUAUUUAGCUCGUGAUUUACCAGUGAUUCCAAUUCAUCCAUCAGCAACUCACGUUUUACACGUUCCAACAUCUCAAGAUAUUGCAUUAGCCAUAAAUAGAGCAGAUGAGGAAUACCCAAAUAAUGAUGGGAUAAGUAUUUCAUUCAUAACACCUCCUAAAGUCACUGAAAGUGUUUUGAGUGAAUUGGAGGCCAAAAAUUUAGUUAAUAAAGUUAAGGGAGUUUGGUAUCAACCUGGUGCUUAUGAUGAUGAAGUUAUAAGUCUUUCUGAGAAAUUAGGUAUACAGCCAAUUAUUCAAAAUGGUCAUUGUAUCUUGGUGAGUGGUGAUUCUAAUCUAGUCAAAUCAAAUUUGUAAAUUGCUACAAGUGAGUUAAUACUAGGGUCAUUAAAUUGUGUUUGAUUAGUAUACAGA